AGAAAGACACGACACACAGCGACAGAGCCACACUCGACCUCAGGGAAAUCACGCACAGGAUGCCUUCUUACAAGCUAUAGAGAUUCAUUUCAACAGCCAUUUAAUAGCAUAUAUAUAUAAAUAUUGCUGGAGUAGUUCAGUAGAGCUCAGCUUACUUCAUAAUCGUGGAUUCCUGAUUUCUCAAAUGGAUUUUCCUCCAGUGAUCACUGUUUUUAUUCUGUCUCUGACAGCACCUUUUAUUCUCUACACGAUCAACCAUGUGUCCUUCUUACAGGAUCCGCAGGUUAUUCUGGCUAUAGGCAUUACUGUUCUUACAACAAUACUCCUCCUCGCAAACCUCAGCGUCAGGAGUAAUAAACCCACCGACCCGCUCUUCUACGUGUUUGCCGUGUUUUCCUUCACCUCUGUUGUCAGCAUCACCAACGCUCUGCAGCACCAUGGAUUUAUCAAGGGCUUUAUGGACUUUUAUAUAAGCAAGGCGGAGCCGUCUCUGAACACAGCCCACGGUCUCAUGAUGAGUUACUGGGACGUCCUCCACUACGCUCUGCUCCUCAUCAUGGUCCAGCGCAUCACUGCAGGGAAGCCGUUUCGCUCUUUAGCUCUGGUCUGGGCCGGAUCCAUGAUCGCCGGGCAGCUCGUCUUAAUCUCAGGCACCGUAGUAGGUAGACACGGGAAAAACCUCCUCCCCGCCGUCUGGAGGAGCGGCCCUUCUCUGGUGUUACCCGUGUGGGCGGCGGCCAAGCUCUUCGACAGGCCGAGAGAGCUGUCAAUCACUCCCGCUGACAAGGUGGAGGUGGAGCAGAAGAAGACGCUGCUGUCUCGUCCCACAGACCUGCUGCUCACGCUGGGCCUCGGAGCAAGCAUCAUCUUCACCGCGUUCAGAGGCUUUGUUGUUCUCGAAUGUUCCCUGGAUUUUUGCUUCACCUACAUCUUCCGGUACGAGCCGUACAUGAAAGACGGCGUCGGUUUUCCGAAAGUCACGAUGCUGCUGCUCUUCUUCUAUGUUUUGCCGCUCCUGAUGGCGUGUGUUUAUGGGCUUCAUGUUCCUGGAUGUACGUGGAUGCUGGACUGGACUCUGGUCCUCGCUGGAGCUGUAGCUCAGAUGCAGUGGACCCACCUGGGAUCGUCUGUUCACCAGCGCACGCCGUUCACCUACAGGAUCCCCAAAGACGAGUGGAGGGAGGUGGUGGUCCUGAACCUGCUGUUCACGGCCGUGCCCGUCCUCCUCGCCGUCCGCUGCUGCGCCGACAAGACCUUCUUCGUGAAGAGCGUUCCUCGGGAGCGGGCCAGCAACGGCAAGAACGAGGAUUAAAGCCAGGACAGCGAAGCACUGUUCCUAAAGCGUCUGUAUCUGUAUCCUCCCGAUGAAUCCGAUCCCAGCUUGCAGUCCUGAGACGUUUUGCUAGCGUUCCCGUCGAACGCAAACGUUAAGUUAAAAAUGCUACGUUAACGGCGCUUUCCAUCGUAUCACCGCGCAACGUGAAGGAAACGUUACUUUCGGGAACAUUCGAACGAUGUACAAAGUGACAACCAACCAAAGGAAGAACGUUCGUUCGGAACAUUGAGGGAACCUUUUCAGAACGUUCUAACAACAUUCCCAGCAUUUGGGCUUAAUUUUUCCAUUAAUUUUUUAAAUUCGUUUUCUAUACUUGGUUAUAAAAGUCGUGCAUUUUUUAUUGUCAGCAUGAGUACGAUUAAACAUAUGCCUGGUUUUAUUUAUUUUAUUAUAAGAUGAGCACCAAAAAAGACCACGCUUGACCACGACAAAAUAAUCGCUGGUUUAUUGGGCGUCAACCAACGCCAGUCGUCCGAUUUUCUUUCUUUUUUUUCUCCAUGGCUUUGUUCGAGCGUGUGAAGCAGCUCGGGCUACUGAUCUCGGCCAGGUUUAUCUCUGGAGAGUUGGUGAAACCUCAAUAAACACGGACUCUGGACCGGCUUGCAUCACUUUGGGAGUCGUUUGAAGGCCGGGGUGUGUCUGACUUGUUUGUUCGUAUUACAAUCACUGGCGUUAUUUUAAAAGCAGCGCCCGAAAAACCCCAUCCGGGGUUAGAUACGGGACUGAAGCACACGUGUGAUGUUCUUCUUUGCCUUUCACGAUCCCUCUUGUGAAAUUCACUGUUUAUUGUUCUUCACAUUGGGCUCUACGGGGAUCUCCGGGGCACGGGUCCAGCGGGCAGAGAUAGUCAUAGGGUUGCGACACACUGAAACAAGAUUCAUUUAAAGAUCUCCGGGCCUGAACCGAUGCGUGACCUUUGCUCUGGAGCCGAUGACAUCACGGGGAUGAUUGGCGUGUCGCUGGCCCAGUGAUCUUUCACACAGAUGAAGAAACAAACUGAUAUAACCGUAUUUAAUGGUUGAGCCAUUGAAAACCAUGAUGUCAUGCUGUUAUUAAACAGGGUGGGGAUGGUUGCUCUGACAGGGGUUUGAUUUGAUUUGAUUCAAUUGUGAUUAAAAAAAAAUCACAUUGUGCUAACGGUUACGGUUUCUUGGGAAGAAUGGGAUAAUUGUGCACGAAAUAUGCAUUUAAAUAAUACCACGCAAUCCACGAAAAAGUAACCGAAAGCAGCUUACACACAUUUUAAAAUCUAAUUACGAGGACAUCCACGUUAGUUUGGUGGGAUUUUAGAAGGAUUUAGGAAAGUUUCAUUGACUGUUAAACUAAUAUGUAAUAAACAUUUGUAUUUUGGACAUAAUAUAAAAUCAGCACAUUAACAACACCGUACUAGCCUAAAUAAAACAAAUGUUGUCUGAGUAGCCUAAGAAUAUA